AUGAUGCCCGUAUAUACUCCCACAACAAGUUCAGAUCCCGACCGGGACACGCACAAGCUGAAGCUUGUCUACUUCAGCAAUGAGUUUCCCAGGGACGAUCUACAGGGCGUGUUUCGCCGCCUGCAUAACCACAGCAAGGACAGUGCUCACCCGAUCUUGGCCGAGUUCAUAUCCAGGGCCACCUGGGCCAUCAAGGACGAAGUUCGACAGUUGCAGACUGAGAUCAAACACCUGAUCCCGCCGUUCGAAACAUUGUUCAGUUGGGCUGAAAGCACGGAUCUUCGGGAAGGCUUGAUCUGUGGCGCGGUAGACGGAGUGUUGCUGCUUGUGGUUCAAUUGGCAACUUACAUCGGAUAUUCAGAGAGCCGCCCCGAAGACUUGGCUGACUUGACAAACACAAGCCUUGCAGGCCUUGGACUUGGCCUGCUGGCAUCGACUGCGGUCUCCCUGUCUUCCUCGUUGGCAGACUUGCCCCAGGCCGGUGCAGAUGCAGUGCGCUUGGCCUUCCGCCUGGGAAUCCAUGUCCAGGGUGUCUCUGCAAACCUGGAAGCCCGUGAGCCGUCGGAGAGUCCAGAUACCUGGGCGUAUGUGGUUCAUAAUGUCGACCAUGGCACCGUUCAACAGGAACUCGACACGAUACAUUCCCACAAGGAAACGCCUGCCACUGGGAAGAUCUUUGUCAGUGCCGUCAGCCGUACAUCAGUCACAGUCAGCGGACCGCCAGCGCGGCUAAAGGCGCUGUUCAUUACAUCUGAGUUCUUCCGCGAGUCCAAGUUCAUCCCUCUUCCGGUCUACGGGGGCCUCUGCCAUGCGCCCCAUAUCUACAGCCUGCAGGACACGCAGAGUAUAGUCCACGGCAGCCCAUUGAACACCGUUCGGACAAACGUGUUGCCAGCGGUACCACUCUUCUCCACCAGCACGGGUCAAUACUACCAAGUCAAGAACGCCACAGAGCUGUUUGAAGCGGUCGUCUCGGAGCUCCUUACCCAAGCAAUCUACUGGGACCGCGUAAUAUCCGGCGUCGUCGAGAGAGUAGAGACUGCUGUUGCCGCUGGAAUGGUGCUGCAUAGUUUCGGUAACUCGAUUCCCCUCAACGACCUCAUGGCUGAGGUGAAGAGCAGCAUUACGCACCCUACUGUCUCAACCAACAAUCUGAUGAGCUGGCUCACCGAACCCAUACCCCCGUCUACUACCCCACGUAGCCCGGCACAGGCCAAGCUGGCCAUUGUCGGCAUGGCGUGUAGGCUUCCCGGGGGUGCGACAGACCUGGAGCAGUUCUGGGAGAUGUUAGAGAAGGGCUUAGAUGUCUCAAGGCAAAUACCAGCUGAUCGAUUUGAUGUUGAAACGCACUAUGAUCCAACCGGCAAACAGCUCAACAAGACCGUAACCCAGUUCGGCUGCUUUAUCGAUGAGCCCGGUUUGUUUGAUGCGCCAUUCUUCAACAUGUCCCCCCGUGAAGCCCAGGUCGUCGAUCCGCAGAUGCGUCUGGCUCUGGUCACCGCGUAUGAGGCCCUGGAGCGUGCGGGCUACGUUGGAAACCGCACUGCAGCCACGCAGUUACCACGAAUCGGUACCUUCUAUGGCCAGGCUGCAGACGACUACCGCGAGGUGAACCAGGGCCAGGAGGUUAGCACCUAUUACAUUCCGGGCGGCUGUCGCGCCUUUGGUCCUGGCCGCAUCAAUUACUUCUUCAAGUUUGCUGGUCCCAGCUACAGCAUCGACACUGCCUGCUCCUCGGGACUUGCGGCGAUUGAGGUUGCCUGUCAAGCCCUUUGGAACGGCACUGUGGAUACCGCCGUUACAGGAGGCGUCAAUAUCUUGACCAACCCUGAUGGUUUCACAGGACUCUGCAACGGCCAUUUCCUCACCAAAGGGCACAACGCUUGUAAAACGUGGGAUGCCACAGCUGAUGGAUAUUGUCGCGCUGACGGUAUUGGAUCUCUGGUCAUCAAGAGGCUUGAAGAUGCAGAGGCCGAUAAUGAUAACAUUCUGGGUGUUAUUCUUGGUGCAGGAACAAACCAUUCAGCAGAGGCAGUCUCCAUUACCCACCCCCAUGCUGGCCACCAGGCCUAUUUAUCUCGCCAAGUGCUGCGGCAAGCGGGCAUCGAUCCCCUCGACGUGUCCUAUGUGGAGCUUCAUGGCACUGGUACCCAAGCAGGAGACCACGAGCUUCCUACAAGUCGAUGA